AUGAAGCGUGGUGACCAAAGUUGCGUCAAGGACCUGGACAAGGCAGCCCAGCGUGUUUCUAGCGGCGGCGUUGUCUACCAAAGUUCGGUCAGUGACUGGCCUAACGCUGCCGGUCUGUCGAGCACCCCUCGCACAAUGUCACCAAAAACCGGCACCAGCUUGGAUGUGGAUUGUAACAACGGAGCGUGA